CCUUUCGCGAUGUUAAGCUAUAGAGCUCAUCGUUGUUUUGUUCUCGCUGAAAUACGCAAAAAAUGAUUUCUUGCCAUUGAUAAAUUUUGUAAUUUUUCCACUACGUUCGUGCCUUAUUUGUUGUGGCUGUCCAAAAAGAUUUUCUGUUUGACUAGUCGCGCCCUAUCAGCAAUGGGGAAUUCCCACAGUACCACUAAAACCACAUCCGGUGUGUCGAGCAAUCCCGAUCGUAUUGUACCAACAGGAGGUGGAAAUGUGUUGCUCAAUCCAGCAGGCAACCCACACGACGGACCGGCCAGAGGCAUGACACGGACGGCAAGUGGAGCUGAUCUGCAGGAUCGUUCUCAGGCACAGUAUCAUCCCGUUGAGAAGCUUGGCAAAAUUCUGGUCAAGAAAUGCGAAGAUGAGCGGGGUAUCUCCGGAAUUACCGGAGAUAUAUUUGCGAAAUACGUGUUUCCAAAGUUCCCUAAUCUGGGAUUGAAGCUGUUCAAAUAUCUGCGACACAACAGCCGGGCCAAGACUGACCACCUGGGCCUGACGGCAUUUAGACAGCAAUGUGAAAAAUUUCUUGGCAUUUUAGAUGAUUCCGUUAUUCUUGAGAAUUACGUAAGAAUGUUCGGGGAUCUUAACGAGAGCGAGUUGAUUACGCCCGAAAACUUUAAGGAACUGCUGAGAACAUGCUACAACUUAGCGAUGGCGCACUAUCAAGAUGGACCUCAAUCAUGUUUCUUGAAAGCAGAUAGUCCGGAAACGUUGGAUCGAACCCUCAACUCUGUCGUACAGUCCUGCUUUUUCUCCAAGGAAUCAUUGAGUCCUGGCUUUAUAUGCCGCUGGCUGGAUAAUAACGUUCCACGAUUGGUUCCGCCUAUUCAUAAAUAUUGUGUGCAUGCACUAAGCACCUCUCAUCGGUUGAUAAUCGACAAGAGCAUGAAAAACAAUAGCGACACAGUCGUAUCAAUAAGUGCCAUUAACGCUGGGGAAGCUAGCUAUGGUUUGGAACUACAAACACCGAUAUUGGAGAAAGGCAGUCCCAAUUUUAGCGGAAAAUCAGCGGACAAAGAUCCACAGACUGCCGAAAUAAAAACGGAUAACAACAUUAUGCAAACACUGUUACCAGUUUCCGAGGCGUGGCUCCUAGCAGGUUCCCUACCGCCAACAUACUCCAAGCCUCAAUCCGUCCAACCCCCGAUGAACUCAACAUCUACUAAUCUAGCCUCCACGGUUUUCAUGGCCAAACUACUUUCGAUGGUACCGUCGCACUGGACAUUGCUGUAUGAUUCGAGAGAAGAUGGGGCUGGUACUAAUCGAUUUUUGCACCAUGUGCUCGGAUACCGUGGUCCGAACAUUAUCCUAUUCCGAUGUGAUGACGACCUGCUGUUCUGUGUGGCUAAUUCGAGUGAAUGGCGCGAGACGCAUCUUUACGUUGGCGAUGAAGACAGCUGCUGCCUGCAGCUGUUACCUAAAUUUCAACUGCUUGAGCGGAAAUCGAAGAGCCUCUACUUGAACACCCACAUUCGGGGCUAUCCGAAGGGUUUACGUGCGGGUUCGGAUCCCAGAAAACCACUGAUAAUCGUCGAUGAACACUUCGAAAAGCUGGAGCACCGUGGACUGCAGCACAAAAUCUUAUCCAUAGAAGUGUGGGGCUGUGGCAAUCAACAGCAGCGGGAAAUUCAGCUGGACAUAAAGAAUUGGCAAAUCAAAGAAGCAGAACGCCAGCGAACGGUCAAGAUAACGGCAGCCGAUUGGAUAGACCACCCAGAUCGAUACCUUUUAGAACUAGGCGGGCGCAAAAACUACAACAAUUCAUCGUCCUAAAUGGGCUAUUACUAUAUGAAAUAUCGCUGUUCAUAAGACAAUAGCUGCACAAUCGUUGUUAUAAUUUUAUUCCAGAAAAAUUACGUCUUACGAUACUACACAAAAGUUAUUAUAAAAGAUGUACUUAUUUGUAUGUUAUAAACAAAAGUUUUCGGUAUAGUGUUUAUCCCAAUACAGUUUUGGUAUUUAUCUUGAAAGGAAAAUAAAAAUCAUUUUACUUUAAUUCAAACAAACAAAAAUAUCUGAAGGGGCAUACCAAUAUUGAAAGACUAUCAAAAUAAUUUAAUUCAACAAUUGAACAGAGUAAUUAAUUCAAAAGUUCCUUGAUAUGGUAUAUUAUCUAUUACACCGGACCUCUAUCCGAACCGAACCUCUAAAGAGUUCAUAGUCGAUCAAUAAAAUUUAGAUAAACCGG